AUGGAUGAUCCUACACUUGCCGAAGGAACAAUGGAAGCAAUGCGCAAUGUUAAAAAAUCCACAAAGAAUGAAGUAAUACGCGAGAGCAGUAGCACCAAGACCCCAACAAUUCAAUUCCUCACAGGAAUGAAGAAGGAUCUGGCGGCUCGAGUUCCACUCUAUUGGGAUGACUGGAAAUGUCCACGAAGUCCCAUAAAGGUAUUGAACGCAACCUGGUUUGUCUUUGUUGUUCAAUUGAUUCCAGCCUUGAUUUUUGCAGAGCUAUUGGAUCGACAAACGCAAGGAAGACUGGCCGUCGCUGAAGUUAUUCUCAGUGCUGGUCUCAUUAGUGUCAUUUAUGCAUUGCUGGCGGGUCAGCCAUUGGUCUUGCUGGGAAUCACUGGACCAGUCGCCAUUCUACUGGGGAAGUCGUAUCGUUUGGCAGAAGACUAUGACGCCGAAUACUUUACCUUUUUCUGGUGGCUGUGCAUGUGGGCUGCUCUGCUGCACAUGCUUUCGGCCAUGUUUGGAGUGGUCAACUUUGUGUGGCACAUUUCUUCCUUUUCCACCCAAACCUUUGAGUUAUUCAUUGCCACCACGUUUAUUUACCAAAGUAUCCGUGAAUUGGUGCAGGAUAUUCAUUUCCGGGAUGCGCAAAGUGACGAGAGAUCGGCAGCCUACGCCUCUUUGGUGGUUGGUGCCAUGACCUUUGUAAUUUGCUGGAAGUUGCAUUUUGCCGAACAAUGGGACCACUUCAAUGCUUCCUUCCGCACCUUUUUGAAAAGUUACAACAUGCUCAUUGCUCUUGUAGUCAUGACAGCUCUGAGUUACUUGCCAGGUGUGGCACAAGAUUCCGAUGGCCGAAAAGGAAUCGAACGAGUCUUUAUUCGCCGUGAUCCAUGGGACUGGAGGCCGACUACAGAACCAGGAAUUGAACCACGCCCUUGGGUUGCCGAUCCACUGGAUGGGAUUGAUGUCAGAGGCAUCUUUGGGGCACUCUUCCCCGCGUUCAUGUUGUACCUGUUGUUUUUCAUUGACCACAACAUUUCAAGUAUCAUGACUCAAGCCCCAAAGUACAACCUCAAGAAACCAUCCGCGUAUCAUUGGGAUUUCUUUGUGCUUGGUUUGACCAUGAUUCCUUGUGGAAUCAUGGGUAUUCCUCCAGGAUCUGGUCUUAUUCCAGAAGCACCGCUUCACUCGAAAUCGCUCUGUACUCGAAAAUUCAAGAUCAUUGACGGUGUUCGCCGUGAGGUCUUUUCCGACUGCGAAGAACAACGCUGGUCCAAUAUGGGUCAAGCAUUAUUGAUGUUUGCCAUUUUGGCAGUGAUUGUGGUCAUUAGUUGGAUCCCCGUUGGAUGUCUAUUUGGUAUUUUCCUGUAUCUUGGUGUCGAUGCCAUGCACGGCAAUGAGAUCUGGGAGCGCAUCAACCUGAUGCUCAUGCGUCCCAAGAGACGUCCACCAAUCCCGGCCGUUGCCAAGACCAGCAGCUGGAGAGUAGUUCAACUCUAUACUUUCAUUCAAUUCAGUCUCAUGGCCGUCACAUUUGGUAUUGCUCAAUUUGCAACAUGGGGAUAUGCCUUCCCAGCAUUGAUUGCGUGCUACGUUCCUGUCCGAAGCUUUGUGGUACCCAAACUCAUUUCGGCAGAAGAUUUGAAACAAUUGGAUCCACCUACCAGAGUAAGUGACGACGACGACGACGAAACCUCGGGAGAGUUGUCAUCCGAAAAGGGACCAGAUCCCACGGGAAAAGAAUCCUUGGAGGACAGUACCAGGGACGCUAUCAAUGUUUAA